UAAAUUUUCAGGUAAUUAUUCGAAAUGACAUCUGCUCUCCGCGAAAGUGAUCUCGUCAUCCGGGCAUGCAUUCUCUACGAGGUGCUCGACAAGAAACCGAUUCAGGAGUCCUAUGACAAUUUCUGCAGAAAAGUUGGAAAUGACGUCAUGGAACACACUGAGUUCGAUUUCUGGUAUUAUCGAUUCUACAAUGGAAACUAUGAUUUGCACUACGACAGAAGCUCCGAUCCCAUCAUGCACUCCCUGUCGGAAAUGCCGGUUCAUAUGAUCGACAAAAUUCGGUGAUUCGACAAAAUUCGGUGAUCCGGCGCUGCAGUCCUCCCGGAGUCGGAACGAAAGCUUCGAGAGCUGAAGGAAGAAGCUCGCUACUACUCUCUGAGUCAUCUGGUCAAUUUGUGCCACCUCCCAAGGCAAAAGCUGAAGACUUACGGAUCAAGUCAAGAGCUGAUGCAGAUUAUUGCCAACUCCAAUAAAAUUGUCCUAGUGAUCAACUAUAUCACGCACAAUAACGAGUUGAUCUACACCCCACAGGGCCUCAAAUUUUCGAAAUUCGUCGCCAAUAACCAGAAUAAAGUCGACAUUUAUAUUAAGGAAACCGUAAGCGAGAAGCCCGAAUUCGACAUCACACAUCCGACUCCAUGCUGGAGCUUCCGUGUCUACAACAGUUCGUACUCGGGAUUCUACUGGCUGGAGACGAUGUCGGAACUUCAAAAUGUUAUCAACUGCCAUAAUUAAUUGUUUUCUAUCGAUUUUUGAAUAAAUUUUAUAGACCCUAAAAAAAUCUGGAAAAUCUCUAGUAAGCCAAAUUUGAGUGAAUCUGAAUAGUCAGGGGGAAAAAUCGGCUCGGCCGAUUCCGUGAGCGUUCUAGGUCGGCUACUUUCCCACUAGACCCCUUGCACUUCAGAUCGAUAUUCUUAGUCACUUCGUCAUCUGCUCCACAAACAUUCAGUCAGUCAUUCAGUCUACCAGCCAAAUGCACUUGUCAUAUUUGUCUCUAAAAUCGAUUAUCUGGUAUCUUGAGCCAAAUUCAAGGUAAAUUUAAUAUUUAGUAGAUCAUCAUUCACCAAGCAAAUUCAAUUCAGAAUCCAGCUAUCCCAAAGAUCCCCAGCGUUCAAGUCGAUCGAUUUU